AACGAAGUUAUGCAACAUUUUUUGUUGCUAAGGAGUUUUUGGUAUCUUUUAAGAGGCAUAAAACCUUUUGUUUCUCUAGUCUGCGAAAAUUAGGACCGACAACCUGCACUGCAAUAGAGCUACUUGAACUGACUCGGCACUAGGCCUUUGUGUGUUUGUUUGUAAAAGUAGGCUUGCUGUGGCACAUGUUCUCUAGUGCCGUUUCGAAAUUAACCAAACAAACAUACUUGCCUUUGUCCACCUGAUGCGAACAAUCGCGAUGGCAGCCGGCGAUUGCACUUUCACGAUGUCCGCUCGACCACUUGGCAGAAUAUUCAACACCAUGCUGCUGCUCACUUUUACUUUUCUCUGCUCCCAAGAAGCCUUGACCGCCGAGGGAGUCCGGAUCCACGCAGCUUUCCGGGCGCGAGCAGAAAGUACCCGCCCCGUCCGUCCCGUUGUGCUUCCGGAGCAAGACCCCGCGGCCGCACAACUCCAAGUGCACGACGUGACCGAAGAGGAAGAGGAGCCGCACGCCAGCGAGGUGCUGCGGUUUCCAGACGACGCGGCGGAGGAGGCGACAGUAGAUCCAGGUUCGUCGUCAACAGUGGCGGCUGUGGGCGAGGAGGACCCUCCGCCUGCUUGCCAAAAUGCCGACCUCUCCCGCAGGUUUUCGAAGGGCAGUUCCGGGGGCGAUUCCAUGGCGGUCGAGAUGGAUCCCGAGGAGGAGACCUGCAGCGUCUGUCUCGGGACCGACCCGCCGUUCGUGUACGGGCCGUACGACUGCGACCACAAGUUUUGCCAGGAUUGCCGCUUUUCCGAGCAGUUCCUGAUGCCGGUGAUGCGCCGUUGUCCGGAGUGCCGGGCGCUGCCCCUGAACGUGCGGCUGGUGCAGGAGCGCAUUGACGAGCUGCGGUCCGAUCGGUUCUGGAAGAAAUUCAACGAAACCGAGCGGCAGAGGAACCAGACGCGGUUUUGUGGCAGUUUCCGGCACAAGAAGAAUACCACGGCGGCAGGCUCUCCUGCUAGAACUUCGGGGGGAAGGCGAACCUCCUCGGCUGGCCAGAGCAGAGACAAUAAAACAGUUUUGUCUACUAGUAUGGCUUCGUGGAUGUGCCGCUUGGCGAGGGCAAGAAGUGCAGCAUCAUCAUCUUCACCAGCAAGAAAUAGUCAUGCUGCGAGCAGCUACAGAACAGCAGCUAGUAGUAGUGCCUUCGUACAGCCCGGUCAGCCUGUCCGUCUCAGGCGAGAGAACAGUAAGGCGAGUAGCAGCGCCGCUAGCGGCGCGACUUCCUCUACCCGAGCAACCGUGAUCGGAAGUCCCACAGGACCGGUCACUUUGUCGGAUGACACAGAGGAGAGCGAUCAGAUUGCUCACGGCAACGAAAGGAGCGGUGACGAAGAGAAUCCAGAUUUCACGUUUCCCGGGGAGCAACCAGUGGAAGAGCAAGAUGAUUUUUCGCGUCACAAUCCAGAGUGCUGUCCCGACGCGAAAAGUGCGGCUCGUCUCGACGACGUGGGAGACGAGUCAGACGAGGAGACAGGUCGCGCCGGCGCGAAAGGCACUUUCUGUGGUUUCUGCGUACCGAUGAAUUCUUCCGGUUGUAGUCCCACCCAAGAAAAAGAAUUACCAAGAGCGGAAUACAAAACGUCUGCGCUGUUGCAGGAGCCGCACUCACAGAAGGUGGUGAAAGAGGCUGCGGAAUUUGCGCACGAGAUGUUCAACCACAUCGCGUGUCCGCUUUUUUGGCACCCUGGGAAACACGAAAAAGAUCCGAACUGGACUCUGUACUGUGCCUGCUUUCUGCAUCCGAAAGCGCCGGCGGCACGGGGCGUUCAGAAGGUCUUGCGACAGAAAAAACCGGCAGAUGAAGAUGCGCAGAGCCGCAAUACUAGUCCAAAUAGGAACAUCAAGCGACGCGGCAGUUGGAGAAAAGCGUUGUGCUGGGGAUCUUCGGAGGUAAAGCAGAAUAAAGGCGAACUAGAUCGUGAUUGUGAAGCAGAGAACGACUAUGAAAGGAUGAAGCAGGAACAGGACAGCGCCAUCGACGACUUGGUAGUCCAGCUGGCGGGUCUGCGGCUAUGCCUCCCGAAUAAUGCCCAUGGGCACGGGUUUGACAAGACCGUCACGAUCCGGCGCCCGGCCGCGUCCGCGUCCGACGGGAAAGCGCGGCGAAGCUUCGAAAUCGUUCUCGACUCGCUGGAGCGAGGGGGCUGCGUUAUCGAUCACGAGGAGCGGCGCUGCCAUUUCUUCUCCCGAGACACGGAUACGACCGUAGGCCCGCCUAAACCCAGCAGAAACGUGCUCUGUCGCGGGUACCAAAUCGCUUGCCCGCGUCCCUCUCUGACUCGGGUUCGGGAAUCGGUAGUUGCUACAAACUUUUGCCGCUGCUGGUGCAGAAGACGAGCUGGAAAUGCAGCCAGCAGGAGUGGUAACGCGCAGCCCAGAAGCAGCAGCAGUGAAACUACCGGUGAUCACAUUGACCAGGACGUGAAAAACCAAUUACGACUCGCUCUGGAAGCAUUUGUAGCUGCGGAGAAAAAUGGUACUGCUAGUGGUAACGUUUGUAGUGCCGUCAGCAGUAGUCGUGAAGAACAUAGUAGGACCUCCGCUACUGAGCAGCCGCUCCUGUCUGAUCCGGAGAGGCAAGCGGUGGUUGGUGCAAGUACGCAAAGCAGACGUCCGAUCGACGAGGAACUCCUGUCGAAGUUGCUCGGCAGUAUCGUCUCGGACUAUUUGUGCGCCGAUCGCGUCCGCGCUGCGGCCGCCGUCACCUGCUUGGUCGGCUGCUCCCUGGGUGCGUUGUCGAUGGCUGAUAGCGGAAGCGCGGCACAGGCUCUGCUGCUCCUCCUCAGCCCAAGCGUCAUGCUCACAGUCUGCAGUGUGGACAGCUGCUUUUUCCAUCGCCAGCAGCGUCGCGUCGCCGAUCUCGUGUUUGACAGUCUCCCGCAAAAAAAGGGCUGCGUCAACAUUGACAAAUGAUGGAAGUAGAUCUGUCAUGCAGCGCACAUCGGAAUUGCGGUUUGGUCACUUCUUCAGAGUAUCGAAAACAUACAAGCUUUGGCUCUCUUCUGUUGUAGCACGUUUCAACAUCUUUUACUAUGUGUAGCAACCAGAAAAUACUUUUCAAUAUUAUUCGCUAAAAUGUUUGCAGCUUGCUGCAGUUUCGGAUUAGAUUGGUCUCAACUGCACCACAGAACGCAGGACGAAAUGUGCCUACGCGGGAACAAGUUUGUGCCUGCAACUUUUGACUUUGGGCCUGAUGUUGAGAAUUAAGAUACAGUAGAGAAAAAUCACUGUCACAAAUGAAUGAUUCUAAGAGUAUAUUGGAUAGCGAUGUAAAUGCUGAUGCAGCAAGCUCAGCAAUGCAGCAACGGUAGCACCAUACGUCGUGCCGCACAAAUUGAUGAUAUUUGAGAAAUUUGAAUGCAGAAUGAAAAUAGCAAAGCAACUUUAAGGUUCGAAAAAGAAAUUUCUCUAAGAAAUAAU